AUGGAACACGCUCGUAUGUACGACCCGGUCAAUCGCAGGGAAUCGGACACCUCACUGCCGUCGUCGGCCGCCGAGAGCAAGGACAGUCUCGGCUCCUUCGACUCCAACUCGACCCUGACCGGUCGCGAGAUCGACGACUCGAUAAUACUGUCCCGAAUACGAAAGAGCCUCGAGCAGAAGGAGGCGUUCCUGAGGCGUCCCAGCCAACCCACCGGCUGGGUGACGCCGGACGCCCCGCAGCCGAUCAAACAGAGGGAGUUCUACGCGAGGCCGCAGAAGCUGCAGAAGCCGGCGUGGCCCCCACCCCCCUCUUCGCCGCCGCUUGCCGCCUCCCCACCCCCCGCGCUCGUCCAAGCGCAAAGCCAAGAGCAGACCGCCAAGGGGGAGGAAUGCUCCGCGAGCGUGGACAGCGGCACGUACAGCGGCUACGGCGAACUGAACGGCACCACCGCCGACAGGGGCAGGCCCAAGCAGGACAAGGGCCAGUUCGUGGCGACCCUGUCGAAGAUACAAGAGACCUCGCCCGGCGUCCAGAACAACGUUGGCGCGAUGAACGGCGACACCGCUGAAACGAAGAACGAGAACAAGGAAGAAAGCUCGUCUUCUAAUAACCAGGAGAGUCGUGUGUAUCGCAAGUGGCGCCCUCCCCGUUUCACGGACGACAUAACGCCGCUGCUGAGAAUAUUCGACCCCAAUGCAACCGUCCCCGCCCGCCCGGAGAAGAAGGGAGAGGAAGAAGCCGGUGAGAGCGCCGCAGAAGUGGAGCCGGACGUUCAAGGUCACGUGCAGGUCAAGAUGGUGGUCAGCAAUGGGAAGCCAUAUACC